AUGAAUUUGCUAAACGACUCAUCUGAUUCCCAGUACCAGGACACAGUCUUUGAUAUUAACGACGACAUUGUACUUGCAGCAUAUAUAGCUGGGUGUGCAAGUGUCAUAGCUUAUAUAGAGACUUAUAUGACCAAAGUACCAAUGCAUACGAAUAUACAAACAGGGUAUGAAUGGGUACAGUAUACAUUAAAUGGAAAUGAGAAGAAAUGUCACAAUGUGUUUAGAAUGUCAAGUCAUGUGUUUCGACAGUUGUGUCAUACAUUGCGCACUCGGUAUGGAUAUGACGGUACCAAAAGAGUUUGCUUGGAGGAGUCAGUGGCAAUGGCAUUGGUGGUACUUGGUAGUGGCAUGGGUAACAGAAUGAUGCAGGAUAGAUUUCAACAUUCUGGUGAGACAGUGCAUCGACAUGUGUCCACGGUAAUUACCUUGUUAGCCACGGUUAUGGCACCAGACAUUAUCAAGCCUGAUGAUCCUACAUUUCGUACCGUGCCAUCACAUAUUCAGGAGUCAGAUCGAUAUUGGCCACAUUUCAUGGGUUGCAUUGGUGCCAUUGAUGGGGUUCACGUCCCCGUGCUCUUACCACAAAAUGAGCAACACCCAUAUAGAGGAAGGAAAGGGGUCACAACAGUAAAUUGCAUGUGCGCAUGUGAUUUUGACAUGAAAUUCACAUUCGCGUGUGUGGGAUGGGAAGGUUCAGCGCAUGAUACCAAGAUCUUUUUAAAUUGCCUGAAUAAUGAGAGAAAUAACUUUCCAAAACCUCCACCUGGAAAAUAUUAUCUUGUUGAUUCAGGGUACCCGAUGAAGCCAGGGUUCCUUGCACCAUAUAAGGGAGAGCGGUACCACAUCCCCGAUUUUCAAAGAAGUUCACAGCUGCAUCGUUCAGAGGAGAGAUUUAAUUAUCUCCAUUCAUCACUUCGUUCGGUCAUAGAACGAACUUUUGGAGUUUGGAAGAAUAGAUGGAAGAUUUUGAGAUGUAUGCCAGGCUUCAAUAUACGCACUCAAAAUAAAAUUAUUGUUGCUACAAUGGUUCUUCACAACUUUAUUAGAAUACAUGACGACAAUGACGUUCGACAUUCGCGUUAUGCACGGGACACAUAUACAGGUAGUGAGGGCGGUCAUUAUGAUCAAGUGGCAGAUGUGGUCUCUUACUUGGAUUCAGAUGAGAUGAAAGAGGUUCGGGACUAUAUCACAGAAUCGAUAUGUAUGGACCAUAACUGA